AUGCGCCCCUGGAGGGUUUAUGCAUUCCGCACUGCGUUGAGUAGUUGGCGGCGGGCCUCUUCCACAAAACCUCGACAAGGCACAGUCCCAGUCUUGGAAAAGGUGCUCACACAUAGCGAGAAUGGCACGGUUGGGUUGGAGCUUUGCCUUCCGCCGUUGGCUUCCGUGGCCGCUUCAGGGCGCCACGAGAUGCAAGGCCAUGUGCGGCGCACAGUGGAAACUGUGGAGACGGUGCUUCAUGCUUGUGACGAUGCGACCCUCCAGUUGGACUACGUCACCUUGAGGUGUUGCGCCUCUUUCUCUGCAGGAGAAUCGUGGACAGACGAGGAGUCCCAAUUGGCGUGUUCUUUUUUGCGUGAAGUGGCGCUGCAUCUGCUUCCAAUGACUCCGGUUUGCUUGCUUUUUCCCAUUACAGCCUUCAACGCACCGCCGUUAUCAUGCGUUAGUGACAUGUUUGACAUGCUUCAUCGCGUGGGGUGGAAAAAUGUGCAGCUGGAGUUGCCCCCUUCCUCCUGCACGGCGGUGUUAAGACCCACGGCAGAGAUGGGUUGCAAGGAGACGGCGCAAUCUUCAUUGCAUGCUGCGGUGGGGGGCUGGACAACGCUGCUGCACGGUACGGAGGAUCAUCUUUGCCUUCCAAGGUCAACAUCCAUCCCAUGGAAAGCGUUAUUUCCAUGGAUUUUGCGGAAGGGAUUCCUUGACCGUUUUUCUGUUGGACUCUCCGUGGAUCUCUACGCCUCAUUGCGGUCGCUCUCUAUCCUACACCAGGCUGGUGACGGUAGCAAAGGUGUGUGCCACGCCACUUCUUCCCUGAGGCGAGUUCAGGCGCGGAUGGGUGCGUGUCCCAAGCAGGAUCGUCCUCUGGAAUUUCAACAACCCACAAGAAACGAAGCAGCAGCGCCAGUGCAUCAUGGCAAUAAACAACCAACAUUGCAAACCUCUCAAGAAGGUAAAGGGCAGGAGCUAUUAACUCUUUCGGCACCCUCAAAAGAAUUUUCUGAUUUAUUUUUGGCUCAGCACCAGUCUUUCCUGGAUGCAGCGAAAAGUGAAGUGAAUGGUGGUAGCAUUGAGCAGGAUGCAUUGAUGCUGACCGAGUUUCUUCAACAGAUAACCGAGGAGCGUGCACCCAAACACGAAAGUCAACUGCAGACGAAGAGGGCAAUACACGUGCAACAUGGUGUUGGCGUCAUGCACGAGGAGAAGGGUAAGGAUGAUGUUGCAGUGGGGCGGAAGCUGGGGAAAGGCUCGUUAUAUUGGCAGUUGUUGGGGGAUAUUGCACGGCGAACGCAUGCGCGGUACUUGUGCACAAUGCCAUGCGCUAAUCCUGCGUCCAUUCAGGCAUGGAAACAUGCCUACGCGGAGGUAUUUGCUUGUGCCAAGCAACAAGUGAAGCAGCAAGGCGAUGUGUUUUCUCCUUGUUCUACAGCGUUGCUGCCUAUUGUGAAUACCUUGUGGCCCCUUCUUUACCCUGUGCAGCUUGAAAGGGCACGUCGACAGACAUUUUCUACAUUUGACACAGAGAACACAAAUUUUUCGAAGACGCUUGCUUUCUUGUCACAGGAGACUCAGCAAGCACUUCAACAGGCGUUGCGCGAAAUGCCCCCUCUGUUUCUGCAGCAAACGGUGAAUGAUGCAGUGCAACGACGCGGCGAAACCCAUAUUAAUUACGAGGCAGGUGGUGUGCGUCUUCUAUGUGGGAGCGACGGCUGUCACAAGACUUUGGACAUGUUGGGUGCAGGCGUGGCGACGCGUCAAGCAUUGUUUUCUGCUAUGCCCGCACGCCAAGUGCAUCAUAUCCGUGAUGUGGAGAAUACAUUUUUUAAGGGGCCCAUGAAGAAGGCAUUUGAAAGCACAAUUGGGAGUCUUUGCGUAGAAGAUUUGCAUGCACGUAAAUGUCACCUUCGAGUUUCUGUUCCUUGCGAUGUGGAGCUUCCGGAGUUGGUGGAGUCUCUCAGACUCCUUUGUUUGGGGGCGCAUUGGAUGAAGGAGCGUCGGCGAAGUAACAAAAAUACCAACAAAAACGAAAGCGUAUAA